UCGCAUUCUUUCUCUUUCUCCUCCCAGAUCCAUCGUAUAAAUAUGUACCCAUGGCAUGCAUCUUCUUCUAACACCAGCCGGAGCCGGAGGUCGAUCGAUACAUCGUGAAGAAGUAGACAUACACAGUGCGGUGGUCGAUCGAGAUGCCGGAGUACUGCGUGACCGGCGGGACGGGGUUCAUCGCGUCGCACCUGAUCCGGGCGCUGCUGGCCGCCGGGCACACGGUGCGGGCCACGGUGAGGGACCCCAGCGACGACGCCAAGGUGGGGUUCCUGUGGGAGCUGGAGGGGGCCGACGAGCGGCUGCAGCUGCUGCGCGCCGACCUGCUCGUGGAGGGCUCCUUCGACGCGGCGGUGAGCGGCGUGGACGGCGUCUUCCACGCGGCGUCCCCCGUCGUCGUCAGCUACGAGGACGGCAAGGACGCGCAGGAGAAGCUGGUGGACCCGAUCGUGAAGGGCGCGGGGAACGUGCUCCGCUCCUGCGCCCGGGCCGCGGUGCCGCCCCGCCGCGUCGUGUUCACCUCCUCCUGCUCCUCCGUGCGCUACCGGCACCACCACGUGCACGGCGGUGCCCCGCCGACGCUGAACGAGUCCCACUGGAGCGACGCCGACUACUGCCGCACGUACGGGCUGUGGUACGCGUACGCCAAGACGGUGGCGGAGAAGGAGGCGUGGCGGCUGGCGACGGAGCACGGGCUGGACCUGGUGGUGGUGAACCCGUCGUUCGUGGUCGGGCCGGUGCUGGGCCGGGCGGCGCCCACGAGCACCGCGCUGGUGGUGCUGGCGCUGCUCAAGGGGGACCUGGGAAAGUACCCCAACACGACGAUCGGGUUCGUGCACGUGGACGACGUGGUGCUGGGCCACGUCCUGGCCAUGGAGGACGGCAGGGCGUCCGGCAGGCUCAUCUGCUCCGGCGACGUCGCGCACUGGUCCGAGGUGCUCGGGUCGCUCCGGGAGCGGUACCCGCAGUACCCCAUCCCCACAGAGUGCAGCGGCGGGAAGGGAGACGACAGGGCACACAAGAUGGACACGAGCAAGAUGGAGGCGCUGGGCUUCCCUCCUUUCCUCUCCAUCCAGCAGAUGUUCGACGACUGCAUCAAGAGCUUCCAGGACAAGGGGCUCCUCCUUCCUUGACAUGACACCGGCCGGCUUAUAUAUAUAGAUCGAUCCAAGUUGUGAGCAUCUGUGCGUCAUAUUAUAGUCAGUACGCAUAGUACAAUAUGUAGGAACCUCACAAGUGUGUAUGAGCAUUAUGAAGUACACAAACAAAACGUCGACCGAAAUGGACAAAGAAAACACAGCCCAUUUGCGAAUGGUUUGGUUUGACACUACCGAUAGGGAUGCAAAUUUGGAACCUCAACCCUCCAACCCUCUUUAGUUGAAGUAAAGUAAAUGAACUAAAUUUUUAGAAUUCA